UAAUAACAUUUUUGGAUUGUUUAUGGUUUAGGUGUCUGAUCUAACUACUUUUGAGAAAAUAAAUGAGUUUGAAGACCAGAAGCAAAGCAUUAUCGAUCUGAAAAGUCGAGUAGAAGAAGCAGAACUUAAACUCGUUGAAGGGGAAAAACUACGGAAGAAGUUGCACAAUACCAUUCUUGAAUUGAAAGGCAAUAUACGUGUGUUCUGUAGAGUUAGACCUUUAUUGCCUGGUGAGAAUAAUGGUGAGGAGGGAAAAACUAUUUCUUACCCGACAUCUCUAGAAGCACUUGGUCGCGGUAUUGACUUGUUGCAAAAUGCGCAAAAGCAUUCAUUUGGUUUACGAGUAUAUGCUUAAUGGUAGUCUUGAAAAUCAUUUGUUUGAAAGGGGUUCUAAUGUGCUUUCUUGGUCACUGCGUAUGAAAGAGGCGAUUGGUGCUGCUAGAGGGCUUUGUUUUUUGCACGAAGCUAAGGAUCAAGUCAUUUACAGAGACUUCAAAGCAGCAAAUAUCCUUCUUGAUUCAGGAUUCAACCCAAAACUCUCAGACUUUGGAUUGGCGAAAGAAGGUCCAAAAGACAACCGUUCACAUGUGACAACCCAAGUCAUCGGUACAGAAGGUUACGCAGCUCCAGAAUAUCUAGCAACAGGUCAUCUAACAACGAAAUGUGACGUCUACAGCUUUGGUGUAGUCUUGCUAGAGAUUCUAUCUGGACGUAGAGCAAUAGACAAAACUAAAGCUCGAGAAGAAGAAUAUUUAGUGGAAUGGGCGACACCUUACUUGCGAGACAAGCGAAAAGUGUUUAGGAUAAUGGACACGAAGCUUGUGGGUCAAUACCCUCAGAAAGCAGCGUUUAUGAUGUCUUUCUUGGCUUUACAAUGUAUUGGAGAGGUUAAAGGUAGACCAUCGAUGCCUGAGGUCUUGUCUCUUCUUGAGAAAGUUACAAUUCCAAGACAUCGAAAGAGUAGAAGCAGAGGUUUUGCUACUAACUCUUCUUCCAAACGGUUUCUCAGACACCCUAAUUAAGGACUCAAAAUCUCUUUGGCUUUUGGAUCGUUUCUUUUGUGGAAAUGGAAUAUAAAAACUUUUUUUUGGUUACGUCAUUGAUAAUAUAGAAGAAUAAAAAAAGCUUGGCCAUGA